UAUGCACUAGCUCUUUGCUCAACUUGAGAAACCCGUAUCGGUGUACCUAAGACUGUAUAGACAUUACUUUUCAGCCCUGGCGACUCCUUGCUUUAGCAUUUCAUGUCUUCAUUGAAUAAUGGCAGAAUUGUCUGCUUGUUAGCCCCAAAACGUGAGGCAAAAAAAUGGAAAAAUAUUCUUGAAGAAAACAAGCAGUUUUAUAAACAAAUCGGUAUCAAAAAUGCUAAAGACCGACUAAGUGAAGAUGAAGUUUCCGUUCAAGGCAAUUUUUCUGACUAUAUUUUGUUACCUACGCUGUUUCAUAAAAUUGAGGAUAUUAACAUUUCAUCGUUACUGAAAGAUGACUCUGUCCAGUGGGUUACUGUGUCUCUAAAUAAGGUUGAUUUUGUUCACAAGCAAUCGCUGCAAGACCGUGUGCUACAAUUCGUUCGUUCGGUUUUAGAAAAAGGUGAAAUUACAGCUUCAGCCUAUCCUAUUCCCUCGCGUUUCUGUGUUUACGGACCAAUGGCUCUUCUGUCAUCAAACUCGUUUUCUACGAAGGAGUGGAAACAAUUCUUUGAGGAGCAGAAAGGUAAGGAAACGCUUACAAACCUUUAUAAAAUACUUUGUGAAGAAUGGAAAACGACCCAUUUGGCCAUCAAUGAUCUUAUUCCAACAGACGAUAUAAUGCGGAGACCUUGUAAUCUACGCCCUUUGUUUGGCAAUUUUGGCGAAUUAGUUUUAAAAUGGCCUACACAGCAGGAUUUUGAUAAUGCAUUCUGGGUUCACUGUCGUCAAAAUGGUAUAUACCAAUGCUGGGCUCCCAGAUAUACAAUGUUCUCUCGAGGGAACAUUGUUGAAAAGGCCCGCCUGCUUUCGCAACCUUGUAUACAGGGCGAAUUUAUAGCGGACUUGUAUGUCGGUAUUGGGUAUUUCGCUUUUUCUUAUAUUCACGCAGGUGCUAAAACAGUAUUCGGAUGGGAAAUUAAUCCUUGGAGUGUCGAGGGACUUCGUCGAGCUGCAAUUCAAAACGGCUGGACCGUGUGUAUUGUUCAGCACGACGAGGAAUACAUUCAUUCUCCUGGUACGCAUCAGCUAGUUGUUUUCCUAGAGAGUAAUGAGUUUGCCGAAAGUCGUUUGAGAAAGAUGAACGUUAAUGCUCGACAUGUUAACUUGGGACUACUACCUACGAGCAAAGAUUCAUGGAAAACGGCUGCUCAUAUCCUUUCUCCAACCCCAAAGUCUACGAUUCACGUUCACGAAAAUGUGGCGUCUAACGAGAUUGUCGAGCUUCAGAACCAUCUUAUAGAAACAUUCUCCCAGUUUCUUGAACUGAAACAUCUGAGUUGCAGCAUCCAUCCCGUUAAACAGUUCUCUCCUCAUGUAGAACACGUCGUUUUUGAUGUUGUUAUUCAACAAAAUAAUUAAAAAUAUACAGUUUCCCUCCUUUACCUAUUAUAUCAACAAUUCAAUAAACUCGUUCAUUAAUAAAAUAGUGCGUGUGUAC